AUUCCUUCUCCUGAUUGUAAUGCGACUGCUUGUAAACAACAUAAUGCGUUUGAUCCUAGCAAAUCAAAGAACUUUAAGCUUACCAAGACUCCUUUCAAGAUCCAAUACGGUAGUGGCAAUGUCAGUGGCCUUAUAGCGAAAGAUGAUCUUUCAAUAGCCGGAAUAAAAUCUACAGGACAGAUAUUCGGUCUUACUCUUAAUGAAAGUAAAGAAUUUGAAAAUGUUCCAUAUGAUGGUCUUAUGGGUAUGGCCUUAGAUCAACUUAGUACGCAAAACGCUACUACUCCUUUUUCAAACAUGGUUAAACAAAAGUCUGUAAAGAACCCAUUUUUUUGGCUUCCAUCUUCAACGUUCGCUGGAUCAAG